AUGACUAAAUUUAGCUCGGCCGUUGCCGCACACCAAGCGGUAUUUUCUCGGAUUCAGAUUUUCCUCAUCACCCAAUGUCGACCGUCGGUGGAUUCGUGCCGCUACCAAUCUCUUAUUCCUUCAUCCGUGAUACAUUAUAUCUAUGCACGUGCCCAUGAGGGAUCCAAAAAGGCCAAACAACUGUGGCCUGUAGGCCGUACACUAUUUUUGGCAAAUAUCCCUCCAGAUGCGACGGAACGCGAGCUUUCGCUAUUCUUUAAACCUCAUGGAACGGUAGAAAGGGUGUCUUUCUCAGAGGAUGCCCAAGGGAAGGAUACGGUGGAGGAAAGCGAUGAUAGCGAGAGCGAUGAGGAAGGAGACAUGGAGACCGAAGGAGUGGUCGCAGAAGGAGAAGAUACCCAACCGAAGAAACGACGGCGACUCAACAAAACCAAGCCUCCCCAGCCCCCUCGGGUCAUACCGCUUCCCGCAAAACCCUUUCGGACUCUGCGGCAUACAGGCCAAACGGGCCAUGUCGUCUUUCUCGACUCUUCGUCGUUGGAGCGCGCACUUGUACCACCAACAAAGCCUCGUCUGUGGCCGACAUCGGAUGAACCCUCAGGAUUGGCUCAUUAUCUGACAUUAUUCGACUCACUGCGGCCUCCACUUGACGCUGUGCGCGCGUAUGCCGACUCGGCCAUGGAGCUGUACGAGUUUGAGCUGGCGAAAUCAAAACAGAAAUCAAAGUACCGCAAGGGGGAAGCUAUCGUGGAUGAGGAUGGGUUCACACUUGUUACGAGAGGCGGAGCAUACGGUCAGACUGUGGGUGGUGGUGUUGCUGUGGCGAGUAAGAAGUUCCAACGAAGUGGAGAGACGAGUAGCAGGAACCGGAAGAAGAAGGAGAGUAAGGAGAAAACCGAGUUUUAUGCGUUCCAGAAAGCUGAGAAGCAGCGGAGUGACUUGAUGAAACUCAAGCAGAAUUGGGAAGAGACGAAGGCAAAGGUGGAGAAACUGAAAGCGUCACGGCGUUUCAAGCCUUAUUAG